AUGGGUGACUACGGCAACAUCAAAUCUGUCGAAACCGACCGUCCCCAUUUACCUUUUGAGCUCAAGGCAGGUGCUUCCUUGUUUCCCCUCUUGACUGACGGGGUUAUUCUAGAUGACGAAACAGCUGGACCGCGAGUCGCCAGCGGGCUGGAUCAGACUCGAAUUGCCUUGGAACUGGGGUCUGGAACCUCAACCGUGGCUCUGAAAAACUUUUGCAAGCGUAAUGGAGUUUCACUCCUGAGUGUUUUAAACGUCGCUUGGUCCUUGGUGCUCGCUGCGUAUGCCGACACCGAUGAGACCAAUGUUCUGUCGGUUCGCUAUGUGGCUGGUGUACCCUAUGUCGGUUCUAACGAGACCGCGGUUGAUGGCGAAAAGACGAUACAGCAGACUUUGGCAGAGGCUGAGCAGCAGUUGGCGACAUCCGUGGCGGUCCCGUCAGCGACAAGCGUGACCGACCUACAGAGCUGGACGGCCAAGAAUGGGCACCCAGUUUUUAACAGCGUUGUGCUGCUAUCGGAGAGCGAUACCCCAGAACGAGACGAGACUGGGGAUUACAUCGCAGUCCAGGCGAGAGCUACUCGCAAUCAGCUGGAGAUUUACCUACAAUCUCCCACUAACUUGCUCCCCGAGGAGCAGGCGCACAACUGCGCCGAAACCCUCAGUCAUGUGAUCGGGGAGAUUAUCCGACAACCUAACCUCCCCAUUUCUGAGGUGAAUAUGAUGAGUCCUCAGGGACUGGAGCAGAUCUCCAUCUGGAAUGGGGAAGAGCCCGAGGUAGUCUCGCGCUGUCUGCAUCAAAUCGUCGAUGAGACCGCCCAGGCGAACCCCGACGCUCUAGCCAUCGAUGGAGCUGAUGGUGUUAUGACUUACGGCGAGUUGCAAGCAUACACGAAUCAAUUGGCACAUCGCUUGGUGGAACUGGGCGUCGGUCCUGAGGUAGCAGUUCCAUUAUUCUUCGAGAAGUCAAAAUGGGCCAUUGUUACUAUGAUUGCCGUGGUUAAGGCUAGCGGUGUAAUUGUCAACCUGGAUGCUAAACAGCCAAAGCCGCGUUUGCGAGGCCUACUUGCUCAACUGGAAGCCCCGUUCGUGUUGACCUCAGCCCAGAACGCCGAGCUCUGGGAAGGCGAGAUUCCCGUUGUGGUGGUCUCCGAAAAUGCCUUUGACGAGUUUCCCAUGGUGACGAGAGCUCCCAUGGCUGCCGUCACUCCGCAAAACGCCCUUUACAUCAUCUUCACCUCGGGCAGUACUGGAACACCCAAGGGCUGUGUGGUCGAGCACGAGUCUUUCCUGACAGCUGCUGCACAGCAUGUGCAAGCCGGUAAGGUUUUACCUUCUAGCCGAGUGCUGCAGAUGACACCCUAUACUUUCGACGUCAGCAUGUUCGAGAUAUUCACCACCCUCACUACGGGCGCCUGUAUCUGCUUCUGCGGCGAUGAGGAUGCAGCUCGGGGAAUUGCCCAUAUCAUUAACCACCUCCAAAUCACCUGGACAUUCAUGACACCAUCAUUGGUGCGUCUUAUCGAGCCUUCCUCAGUGCCUACUCUGCAGACCCUCACCCUUGGUGGAGAAGGCCUUGGGCGGAUUGACGUGGCCACCUGGGCUGAUAAGCUACAUUUGAUCAAUGGUUAUGGACCCAGCGAAUGCUCCGUCGCAGCAACAAUCAACGAACCCUUGACACUCACCACCGAUCCUGCUAAUAUCGGUAUCGGAUACGGAGCUGUGACCUGGAUUGUGCACCCGGACAACCACGAUCGACUUGUGCCCAUUGGAGCCGUUGGAGAGCUCGUCAUUCAAGGUCCCAUCGUCGCACGGGGCUAUCUCAAUGAACCUGCCAAGACUGCCGCUGUCUUCUUGGAUGAAAUCCCUGCCUUCGCUGAACUUCUGCCCCAAGCACCAGCCGAUUUCCGUCUCUACAAGACCGGAGAUCUGGUUCGCCAGAACAGCGACGGAACUAUCAAUUUCAUUGGCCGCAAGGAUCGCCAGGUGAAACUGAACGGACAGCGUAUGGAACUGGGCGAGAUUGAGCAGCGCUUGUUGGAGCCUUCUCAAGUGCGACAUGGUCUUGUUCUUCUCCCUAAGGAGGGUCCCUGCAAGGGUCGUCUGGUUGCUGUCAUGUCUUUGCAUGAUGUGCCUUACGACGGCCCUCGCGAUGCUGAUGUCCAUGCCCUGUCCGCAGAGGAAUCCGAGAGUGCGCGAGCCUAUUUGCCAGAGAUCACUGCACAAAUGGCCACUCAGCUCCCAUCUUAUAUGGUUCCGAGUUUUUGGGUGGUGUUAGCUGCGCUGCCAUUCACAACUUCUGGCAAAGUCAACGGUGUCGCGAUGACUAAAUGGCUUCACGAGAUGUCUGAAGAGACUUACCACGAUAUUGCUGGCAUCAGUGAUGAUCAGCCUGAGACUGGAUUGUCGACUGAUGUGGAAUUAAAAAUGCAGCAGAUUUGGGCGGAGGAACUGGGCAUUCCGAUCGCAGAUGUUAAGAUCAACUGCUCUUUCAUUGCCCUGGGCGGUGAUUCUCUUACCGCUAUGAAGAUUGUGGCUCGUUGCCGCAAGCAGCAGCUUAUCAUCUCAGUUCCAGAGAUCCUGCGUGCCGCUAACAUCAUUGAGCUGGCAGCCCGAACCACUGAAAGAUCCGCAGGUUCAUCUGAAGGGGGCGCGGAUGAGAUUGAGUAUAGGGCUCGUUUGACACCCGCCCAGCGACUUGCAGAUCUGGAUGACUCUGUCUUGAUUGCAGCGGGUCUGACCAGCCGCGUUCAGGUGGAGGAUGUCUACGAGUGCUCGCCCAUGCAGGAUGGAAUUUUACUAAGUCAAGUCAAAUUCCCCGGCACCUAUGAGGUCCGUCGUGUUUUGCGAGUGCAAUCCACUCGCGAUCCGAUUACUACUGUUGCUCGUCUUGAACUGGCCUGGCAGGCAGUGGUUGAUCGACACCAGAUGCUGCGUACAAUUUUUGUUGAUGCAGCUGGGCAGUUCCAACAAGUCGUCCUGAAGCAAGUUGAAGCGUCUAUUCAAACAUGCGAAUGUCUGGAUGCGGAAAAUGAGCGUGCAGUAACCCGGUUCCUCAAGGCGCUGCCUUCACCGAAUUACAAGCCCUCGCAACCACAGCAUCGUUUGACUAUCUGCCGUGCCGCCAAAGAUAGUAUCUUCAUCAAGGUCGAGAUUAGCCACGCCCUGGUUGAUGGAGGCUCUACUGAAGUGGUUCUUCGCGAACUCUCGCUUAUAUUCGACGACAAGUUUUUCUCAGCACCCGCCGCACUGUUUAGUGACUACAUCGACUUCAUAUCUGAGCCUGAAACUGUUAGCACAUCAUUGGACUACUGGACCGAGUACUUGAACGGCGUGCAACCGACUAUUCUGCCCAUGUAUCCCACGGAGGGCGCUGAAAAGAAGAUCCGUUCCAUGCCGGUACCAUUUACGAAGGCCACUGCAUUGCUUCGAUUCUGCGAGACUCACGGUGUCACCCUGGCCAAUGUACUACAGACAGCAUGGGCAUUGGUGUUGCGAGUAUACACUGACACUGAUGAUGUCUCAUUUGGCUACGUUGCCGCCGGUCGUGAUGUUCCCGUCGAAGGAAUUGAUCAGGCGGUUGGAGCCUUCAUCAACAUGCUGGUUUGUCGCGUACGCCUUCAUGAGCAACCCACUGUUCUUGAUGCCGUUACCGCGAUGCAAACCGAGUACUUUGAUGCGUUGCCUCAUCAGCACACAUCAUUGGCUCAGAUGCAGCACCGACUGAACAUGUCAGGAAUGCCUCUAUUCAACAGUAUUAUCUCAGUCCAGAAAGAUGUGUCUGACCAGCCAUAUGGCGAGUCGCUUUCUUUCCGACCGUUGGAGGAAGAUGAUCCCACCGAUUUUGAUCUGGCUGUUGCCAUUCACGUUGGAAAGGAGCAUGUCAAGAUCGAUAUCGGCUAUUGGUCCUCGCUGCUCUCAGAUGGCGAUGCUGCUAAUCUAGCUAAUACUUUCAACGGUGCUAUCUCCAGUAUCCUCAUGAAGGAGCAGUCAUCUCCAACCUCCAUCGAUCUUUUUACCGAGGAGGAUCGGGAACAGAUCUUUACCUGGAACAAGGAUGAUCCUGUUGCAGCCCCUGGUGUCGUUCACGACUACAUCUAUGCCAAGGUCAAGCAACAGCCUGAUGCGCCUGCGGUCUGUGCCUGGGACGGAGAAUACACUUAUUCCGAACUAGACCACCUGUCCGAGAAGUUGGCGCACUACCUUGCUAGGCUAGGCGCUGGUCCGGAGGUGCUGAUUCCCCACUGUUUUCCGAAGUCUAAGCUGGCAACAGUUGCCAUGCUGGCUAUCAUGAAAUCAGGAAGUGCUGGAGUCGGACUCAGCGCUGCUCAUCCCCGGGCGCGUGUCCAGGAUAUCGUCGAAAAUUGCUCUGCUCGUAUUGCAGUCGUGUCAACACAAUAUGUUCCCGUUGUGGAAGGACUGGUCGACCGCAUUGUGGCUGUUGACGAAGCUUUUCUAGCUCGUCUGGCACCUCCGCGACGUGGAUUCCGACUGCCCAAGGCAGAGCCAUUCAACCCAGCCUUCGUUUCUUUCACCUCGGGUAGUACCGGUAAGCCCAAGGGUAUUGUCCUUGAGCACCGGUCUCUCAUCACCAGUAUCCUCGCCCAUGGACCCGCCUGGGGAGUGGACCAGUCAGCCCGCGUUCUGCAGUUCUCUGCAUACGCCUUCGAUGCUAGUGCAUCGGACACAUACACCACUUUGGUCGGUGGAGGAACGAUCUGUAUUCCUCACGAGAAAGAUCGUGUUGAUGAUCUUGUUGGCGCCAUCAAUCGACUUGGUGCGAACUGGGCAUUCCUGACACCCCGUGUUCUUGGUCUACUGACCCCCGAGACGGUGCCGAACCUCAAAACAGUUGUGCUCGGAGGAGAAGCCAUCUCGCGUGAAGAUGUUGCGCGCUGGACGGAGGCAAUCAACAUUCGUGUUGUCUAUGGUCCUACUGAGUGUACUAUUUACAGUAUGGGAACUGAUCCACUCACUAAGGACAGCGACCCCGCGAAUUUGGGUCAUGCUGUUGGCACUCGGUUGUGGGUUACCCAUCCCGAAAAUACCGAUAAGCUCAUGCCAGUGGGUUGUGUUGGUGAGCUGAUCAUUGAAGGACCUUUGGUCACUCGAGGCUAUCUCAACGAGCCUGCCAAGACCAAAGCAGCAUACCUUCGAGAUCCUGUUUGGCUUCCCAAGAGUGCCAGCGGAGAGCCACGAAACUUCUACAAGACCAACGAUCUAGUGCGAUACUAUCCCGAUGGCCAGCUGCGUUUCAUUGGCCGUAAGGAUACCCAGAUCAAGGUGCGCGGUCAGCGUGUGGAGCUCGGUGAGAUUGAACACGCUAUCCUGGAGAGCAUGCCUACUGCGACCCACGUCACUGUCGAUGCAGUUGUGCUGCCACCACAGACUCUCGUCGCCUUCCUCUAUUCCGAAGACCAAACUACAGAGAAGAAACCACUAUUUCUACCAUUAAACCCUGAGAUGACUAGUAAGCUGCUUGCUCUAGAGAAGAACCUAUCUCAGAAACUCCCAAGCUACAUGGUGCCUAGCAUGUUCAUUCCCAUCUCCCACAUCCCUAUGACCAUUUCCGGCAAGGUUGACCGUAUUGCUUUGCGACGCAACGUACUUGCUCUGUCAGCUGAACAUAUGGAGAUGUAUGCACUGGCAGAGAGCGCGAAAGCCGCGCCUCAAAACCUGCGCGAGGAGCGUCUACGAGAUCUGUGGGCUGAGGUUCUGAACAAGGAUCCCGUCUCCAUCGGUCGCAAUGAUAGUUUUUUCCGCCUUGGCGCAGACUCCAUUGCCGCUAUGAAGCUUGUGGCAGCUGCACGUCGCUCAGGCUUCGUGCUCAGCGUUGCUGACAUUUUCCGGAAUGCCGAGCUGUCGGAUAUGGCCGAGUGUCUUGAGAUUACUGAUGCCGUGGAACUGGUCGAGUAUGCUCCUUUUUCAUUGCUGCCAUCUGAUUCCCUGCAGCGGGAAGCAUUGUUUGAAGAUGCGGCCAAGCAGUGUUCAAUCUCAAGCGAAGUUAUUGAAGAUGUUUACCCUGCGACCCCUCUCCAGGAAGGUGUCUUCCUCAUGUCAACAACCCACAAGGGCGCAUAUGUUGCCCCGACAGCUUUUCGCUUGCCCGCCGGUUUCGAUGUGCCGCGCUUCCAGGCAGCCUGGCAAGCACUUGUUAAUGCUCAUUUUAUCUUGCGUACUCGCCUGGUCACCGUCGAGGCGAUUUCAUACCAGGUCGUCUUGAACCAUGCAACCUCCUGCUUAGAAUGGGAGGAUGCAUCUUCGCUUGAAGAAUACCUGGAGCGUAUCCAAGGAAUGCAACUUGUUGCGGGUGCGCCAUUAACUCGAUAUGCUCUGAUCCCUGAUGGAGAUUCGAAUAUCUUUGUCUGGACUGCACACCAUGCUGUCUUUGAUGGCUGGACCGUAGGCUUGUUGUUUGAUCAGCUUGCCCAGCUUUACACAAGUGGUACACCACCCACAGCCACAGCCUCCUACGCGGAAUUUGUUCAGUUUCUCCAGAAGAGGGAUGAAGAUGCCUCCCGCGAAUUCUGGGGAGCAAUGAUUCCCCAAGAACCUCCAGCUGUUUUCCCUCGCCUUCCAUCAGCAUCGUACCAGCCGACUGCUAAAGAAACAUGCUACCGAACAAUCUCGACUAGCUUGCAGCAAGAGUCUAAUUUUACCAUGGCAAUCCUAUUGCGGGCGGCCUGGUCAAUCGUUCUUGCGCGCUACACCGACGCUGAGGAUGUCUUAUAUGGAUUGACUUUGUCUGGUCGAGAUGUGCCAGUCGCAGGUAUUGAAAAUGUUAUGGGUCCGACCAUUACAACUGUGCCCAUGAAUGUUCAUUUGGACAGUGAGAUGCCGGUCAAGACUUUCUUGCAGCAACAGCAGGAUCAGAACGUUGAGAUGAUGCGCCACCAACAUGCGGGAUUGCAAGUCAUCCGUCGUAUCAGUCCGGCCGCGGCGGCUGCCACCGAAUUCACCAACUUGUUCGUUGUUCAGCCUCAAACGGAUGGCAAGCUUGGUUUGAACGAAUUGACCAAAAUUUCUACUGAUAUGACCAAGUUCGAUCCUUAUGCAUUGGUCCUCGAGUGCAAUCUGGGCGCAGGUCAGGUGAUAUUGGAAGCCCGUUUUGACGAUGCUGUUCUGAGCACUGAUCAAACUCAACGUCUGCUUGGGCACUUCGAACACGUCCUCAACCAGCUUACAAAGUUAGACUCCGAUCGUCAACUGCGCCAGAUUGACGUGUUCAGCGCCGAUGAUGAGCGCCAGAUCUGGGAAUGGAAUGCCGCUCCGGCCAAGGCUGAGAAUCUGUGCGUACAUGAUGAGAUUGCGAAGCAGGUCAAGCGUCGUCCCGACCACAUCGCCAUCGACGCAUGGGACGGAUCACUGACCUACAGUGAGCUUGAUCAUUUGUCGUCGCACCUGUCACAAUGGCUUGCCACCAACCUCGCCAUUAAGCCGGAGUCGCUAGUACCGAUUUGCUUCGACAAGUCUCGAUGGACAAUCGUCACUAUGCUCGCUGUUGUUAAAUGCGGUGGAGGCUGCGUGAUGCUGAACCCAGAUCAUCCAAUCUCGCGUCUAGAGGGUGUGAUUGCUGACACGACCUCACCAGUAGUGCUUGCGUCACCGGAGCGCUCUGGACUGUUUUCUUCUGAAACCGUCAGAGUGGUCACCAUUAGCGAAGCACUCAUUCAAAGUCUUGGUGCGCUCACUGAGAAGGCUCUGCCUCUGGCAUCUAUCAAGCCGACCAACCCAAUCUUUGUGAUUUUCACCUCUGGCAGCAGUGGAAAACCAAAGGGUAUUAUCGUACAGCAUAACAGUGUCUGCACGGUCGCCAUUCAGCAUGGCGAGGGUCUCGGUUUCACUGAAAACCGCUUGCGUGUGCUGCAGUUUGCCUCAUUCAGUUUCGAUGUCAGCAUGGGUGAGGUUUUCAUUACCCUCAUGAAAGGUGGUACUCUGUGUAUUCCAACGGAGUACGAUCGAAUCAACCACCUGGCCGCGACUAUCAACCGCAUGAAAAUCAGCUGGACAUUCAUGGCGCCCACAGUUGCGGCCUUGCUUGAUCCCCGCGACGUACCCAAUUUGCAGACACUUGUCCUAGGAGGAGAAGCGGUCUCCCAAAGCUUGGUUGACCAGUGGGGGAGCCAUGUCGACCUAAUUGACUCGUAUGGACCUGCAGAGACUACUAUCUGGUCUUCGCAUGCCAAUCCCAGCGCUACUGUAUCCCCAGCAAACAUCGGUCACGGAGCUGGUUGUCGUUACUGGGUUGUCGAUAUUCAAGACCACAAUCGACUGGCGCCAAUUGGCUGCGUGGGUGAGUUACUCAUUGAAGGCCCCAAUGUUUCGCGGGGCUAUCUUAAUGAACCAGAAAAGACCAAGGCCGCGUUUAUCGAGAACCCAGGAUUCAUGCAAGGCAAAGAAGUACCAAAAUACAAGUUCUACUGCACUGGUGAUCUGGUUCGGUACAACGCGGACGGUUCUCUCAACAUUGCCGGUCGCAAGGACAGCCAGGUGAAACAUCACGGCCAGCGUAUUGAACUGGGCGAGAUUGAGUUCCACCUGCGUGCCUGUGCUGAGAUUGAGGCCGGUAUGGUUUUGUUGCCGAAGACUGGUUCCUGCAAUAACAAGCUGGUUGCUGUGGUCGCACUCUCAGACUUGCAACCUGUCGCAACUGAAGGGGAUCACGUCGCCCUCAUUUCUAGUGAUCUCAAGUCUAAGACCCAGCCACGGAUUCAACGAGUGCAAGAGGAGCUAGGUGCAGUCCUGCCGCCCUACAUGGUCCCCACAAUCUGGAUUGUUCUAGACUCCAUUCCAUUGACCGCAUCACGCAAGAUCAAUCGAAUGCCGAUCACAAGAUGGGUGCAGGGAAUGUCCGAAGAAACCUAUCGCGGCGUGGUCGACAUCACAUCCGCCAAUGCAGAGCAGCCAACUACUCAAGUCGAAAAGCAACUGGCGGAGGUUUGGAGCCACGUCCUUAACCUUCCAGUUGAAAACAUGGACCUGAACCGUUCGUUCCUCAGUCUGGGUGGAGAUUCUAUCACUGCAAUGCAAGUGGUCUCUCGCUGUCGUGCACUGGAUAUUGAGCUGAGCGUGCAGGAUAUUCUGCAGCCCAAGUCUCUUGCUGGUGUUGCGGCUCGUGCUCUUGCAUCUAAGCCCCAAGCUGUCCAGCGUGAAGAGCAGUAUGAUGUGUCAUUUGAAUUGUCCCCAAUUCAACAACUGUACUUUGACGAGGCUGUUCGAAGUGGCGGAGCGCACAAUCACUACUACAACCAGAGUGUUUUGCUUCGUGUAACACGUUCAAUCUCAGCCUCGGAGCUCUCUCAAGCCAUGUCGCAGAUAGUUGCUAGUCAUGCAAUGCUUCGGGCUCGUUUCAGCAAGAAUGCUGACGGGCAAUGGAGUCAAUUGGUGCAAAGCCCCUCUAAAGAUGUGUCCGAGGUGCCUUCGCACCGUGUUACCAGUCGCGCCGUGGCUUUGAAUAUUAUCGAAGAGUCACAGCAGUGCAUUGAUAUCGAACAUGGUCCCAUCUUCGUGGUCGAUCAUUUCGUACUACCAAACAACGAGGGUCAACUACUUUCCCUCGUCGCGCAUCACCUGAUAGUUGAUGCAGUUUCUUGGCACAUCAUUAUCGGUCAAUUGGAGCAACUCCUGGUGUCCCCCGAUAUCCAGCGUCCAUCUCGCAUGCCGUUCCAGAGUUGGCUGCAAGAGCAACGUCAGUAUGCUGAAAAUCUGCCGAGCACAUCUAUCCUCCCGAGUGCACUGCCAGAGGCCAAUCUGGGAUAUUGGGGCCUGAAGCAGCUCCCAAGCUGGAAAGAUGGCGAGGAGGUGCAGUUCACGCUUGAUGCGAAAGCUACUGCCCUUUUGCUCACAUCCGCCAAUACGGCACUCCGCACUGAGCCAGUGGACUUGCUAGUGGCCGCUCUGCAACAGUCCUUCACCGAGUCUUUCCCCGACCGUGCAAUGCCAACCGUUUUCAGUGAGGGUCAUGGCCGUGAACCGUGGGAUACUUCAAUUGAUUUGUCCGAGACUAUUGGCUGGUUCACUACCUUCUACCCAAUUCAGCACAAUGUGCAUCAGAAGGAGAGCUUCAAAGAUACCGCCAAGCGCACCAAGGAUGCUCGUCGUGCUUUCACUGAUAAUGGCUUUGCAUACUUUACUCAUCGCCAUUUUUCCGCUGAAGGUCGCAAGCAGUUUGCACACCACCGGAAUAUGGAAAUUUGCUUUAACUACCUUGGCCAGGCACAGCACAUCGAGCGUGCAGAUGCGCUCUUCCAGGAAGAACCACUUCAAGAAGGCGAGUCCAUCAACAACAUUGGUGAUAAGAUGGGUCGCCUGGCAGUUUUCGAUAUCUCGGCCGCCAUCUCCCAAGGCCGUCUGACUGUUUCAUUUUUCUUCAACCGCGCUCUCAAACAACAGAGCCGCAUUCGUCAAUGGGUGCAAUCUUGCGAAACAACACUGCAUUCAGCUGUCAACGAACUGGCCGACAGCAGUCUGGAGUACUCCAUCAGCGACUUCCCACUUCUGAAAAUCAAUUACCAAGACCUGGCGAAAUUGACGUCUGCAAUUUUGCCCGCCAUUGGCCUUCCCUCCGCCGAGAUCGAAGAUCUCUACCCUUGCUCACCAAUCCAAGAGGGUAUUCUGAUCAGUCAGGCUCGACAGCCCGGAACCUACGAGGUCCGCCAGCUUUUCGAAAUAGUUCCACGUGCUGAUAUCGGGCCUGUUGAUGUUUCUCGCCUUUUACAAGCCUGGCAGCGCACGGUUGACCGCCAUGCUUUGCUCCGCACCGUAUUCAUCGAGUCACUGGCUGGCCCUGGGGUCUACGACCAACUGGUACUUCGGGCCUACGUAUCAGACGUACAACACUUAGUCUAUGAAAGGACUGAGAACACUGAUGUAGCCACAUUUCUGCAGCGUCAGGGCGCCCCAGACUACCGUCAACCGGUUCCUGCGCAUCGCCUUACCAUUUGCCAAUCCGGCGAUGUGAUAUAUUGCCAAUUGGAGGUCAGCCACGCAUUGAUUGAUGGAACUUCCAUGGCACUUCUGGUUCGCGACUUGGUUGCUGGCUAUGAGGACACACUGCCCAACACUCCGGGCCCUCUUUACAGUGACUACGUGGCCUAUCUCGCCUCCCGGUCCUCAGAAGAGGCCCUGGCUUAUUGGACCAACCGGCUGGCUGAUAUGGAGCCCUGUCACUUCCCAGACCUCCAGGCAAAUGUGUUGGCCGAUGAGAACUUCCAAUCUCAGACUAUCAAUAUCGACGCAGAUGGCCAUCUCCAGCGGUUCUGUGAAUCAAAUGAUCUCACCAUGAGCAACCUCUUCCAAGCCGCCUGGGGUCUUGUACUGCGUGCCUACACAGGCACCUCGGAUGUCUGCUUUGGAUACAUGGCAUCUGGUCGUGACAUUCCUAUUGAAGGAAUCUACGAGGCAAUUGGCCCAUUCAUCAAUAUUUUGGUCUGCCGACUGAAUGUUGGCGACGCAGUGUCUGUAGGCGAUCUGCUCCAGACCGUGCAGUCAGAUUAUCUGAACUGUCUACCACAUCAACAGACAUCUUUGGCCUCCAUCCAGCACGCCCUUGGUAAGAGUGAUGUGGCAUUAUUCAACACCAUUCUCUCAUUUCAGCGUGAGCCAAAUGAGGGUCCACCCCCACAUGUGGAAUUCAAAAUUUGCGACCAGGUUGAUCCAACAGAGUAUGAUGUUGAUCUCAAUAUCACGACCAGCGAGGCAGCGGGAGUAGAGAUCCACCUGACAUAUCGCACAUCCAUGCUCAGCGACACCCAAGCUGAUAGCCUUCUUGAGGCAUUCACCAACGUCCUAAUGGCCAUGGCAACAAGCUCGAAGCAACUGGUAUCGAGCCUAGACAUCUCCCCUCCCGCGCUCAAGGCUCUGCCACGGGCAAUCUCUCAGCCGGCGCCGGCCAUCAUUGAUGCAUCCGUCUCGGACUUGAUUGCUGAGCACGUUGUACAGCGCCCCAUGUCGCUAGCGGUGCAAUCUGCAGAUGGGGAGGUAACACUUACUUACCGUGGCCUUGAUCGUAGGGCGAGCGCUCUGGCUGGUCACUUGCGGGAUCUUGGUGUCCGGUCGGGCAGUGUAGUUCCCAUCAGCUUCUCCCGUUCGCCAUGGGCUCUGGUGGCUAUGCUAGCUGUGCUUCAGGCGGGCGCUGUCGCGCUUCCUCUGGGUCCGGCAGAUGAUGCGGAGACUUUGAAAAACACCCUCCCAUCGGUAAGAUUUGGUGUAGUUCUGUGCGCUGCAGAUCACGCAUCCAAGUUCGAGACAGAUGAGCUUACUACAGUGAUCGUAAAUACCACGGCGAUGCAAAAAUUGGAUGCUGCUCCGCCAGUUUCCACGCCGCCCAGCUAUAUGUCCUCUACUACAGCUGCAGUAGCUGUCAGAGAUGGUGAGGACUGGGCCCUUCUCACGCACAGAACCAUCAGCACAGUAGCUUCACAGCUGGGACCCAUGACUGGGCUCAGUCCUGAUGCUCGUGUUUUGCAGUUCAGUCUAGCUACUUCGCCCCUCUACCUAGUUGAGACACUAUAUGCUCUCAUUAACGGUGGCACAGUUGUCGUUCCGGCUGAGGGCGCUAGCUUCCCUGAGGCAAUGCGCGAUUCUCAAGCCAACUGUGCUGUGAUCACUCCGACUGCAGCUGCUCUAACCUAUCCAGCUCAGGUUCCUCUUCUUUACACACUGAUUGUGACUGGAGAGGAGGUUGGACCUGCCCUGCUUACCAAGUGGCGCGAUGUCAAACUAAUUCAUCCCUGUGAAUUGGUCAACUUCCCUGUCUGGCCCUCGCUCUCUAUUUCGCCAGCUGGAAGCGUCACUAUGCAACCUGUGCAGGCACCGCAGCUCGCGCGAACAUGGAUUCGCGGUCCAUUCAACUCCGCUGCGCUGGCCCCCACUGACUGCGUGGGAGAGGUUAUGGUAGAUGGCCCUAUUGCCCCUCAAGGUUACCUUUUGAGCGGCAAGGGCCGAAUUGUGGACGAUGCUCCAUGGCUACCAGGAGUCCCACUGUUCCGUACCGGCCAUCUCGGGCGAUGGGCGGCCGACCAGCAGCUUUCCUUGGUUCAGCCUCGCAUUAACGCUCACGGACAGGAUAAAAAUGCAGUUUCACUGGAGCAGCAGGUGCAAACAGCUCUACCUGUCAGUCAGCACUCGGUGGUCUCCGCCCUCCGUCUUGGAUCAUCCGACCAUGUGGCAGUAUUCCACGUUGAGUGCAGCUUACAUGUUCAAUCGGCCCCUGCCUUACUGCCGAUGUCAGAGAUGAUGAAACAGCAGUUCACAGAUUUGAAGGAAAGUCUGCUGGAGCACGUUCCAGAGUCUCAGCUACCGACACUUUUCUUCCCCCUUAGCUGCCUUCCGCUUUCUGCAUACCAGAAGGUUAACCACUCAGCACUUCACCAACUGGUGGUCACCCUGCCACAAUCAGCACUACAGGCCUAUCGCUUGGCUCCAGCGCCGACAACGAUCAAUCUCACAGCCAACGAACUACUACUUGCCGAUCUCUGGGUUGACGUCUUGCACUUGUCUGAUCGAAGUAGCCUUCGUCCAACAGACAGUUUCUUCCGCCUGGGAGGAGAUUCCAUUGGAGCAAUGCGAGUCAUUGCAUCCGCUCGUGAACAGGGCCUGGCCCUGACAAUGAAUGGGAUCUUCCAAUCGCCCACUCUGUCUGAUAUGGCUAAAGAGCUACGGCUCCUGGCAACGCAUGAAAACCGCCCUCUGGAACCAUUCUCCCUGUUGCCUUCUGAGAUUGAUUCCGCGGUCUUGGUUGCUGAAGCCUCAGAGAAGUGCCAGAUCCCAUCCACGGAUAUUGAAGAUCUUUACCCUUGUACACCGCUGCAGGAAGGACUCAUGGUCUUAACCAGUCAAGACUCAACGGCCUAUGUCGCUCAGGAGGUCUUCCGAAUUCCGGAAAACGUGGACCUGGCUCGUUUCCAGAACGCAUGGGAGGCAGUCAUCGAGCGCAGCACUAUCCUGCGGACUCGUAUCAUUGUGAACUCAGAAGGAACGUUCCAGGUCCUGCUGAAGGAACCAACCAUUUGGGCAUCUGGAUUUGAUCUACAAAAGUACCUUACUCAGGACGCAGCUGAGUCCAUGACCUACGGCCAGCCUCUCGCGCGCUAUGCCCUUUUGGAGACUCCCGGACAACGAUACUUUGUUUGGACUGCCCACCACGCCGUUUAUGACGGUCUGACUAUGUCUACUCUGGCCAAGCAAGUUUCCGCACAGUAUCACCGGGAAAUCGCCUUACCGGAAUUGCCAUACAACCGGUUCAUUGAGUAUAUCCACGGCAUCAGUCAGGCCGCUUUCACUGAAUUUUGGACAACUCAAUGUGCUAUCCCUGCCGCAACUUUCCCCAUUCUACCGACACGCAACUUUCAGGCAUGUCCGGAUCAGGUGCAGCUCCAGUCCGUUCCAGUAAGCCGCACCUCAUCUGACAUCACACUGCCAACUAUCCUCCGUGCGGCUUGGGCUGCUGUCUUGGGCCAACUCACAGAUUCAGAGCAUGUCAACUUUGGAGUGACACUCUCUGGACGUAAUGCCGCCCUGGCCGGUAUUAACCAGGUGCUGGGCCCGACUAUCGCCACAGUGCCUGUCCAAAUUCAGGUUUCUGAAAGUCAAUCUCCACUCCAGUUACUGCGGGCAGUGCAUCAACAGGCGAUUGACAUGAUCCCCUUUGAGCAUACUGGACUGCAAAAUAUUCGCCGCAUGGGUGAUCAGGCCCGCGAGGCUGUUGAAUUUCAGAACCUCCUGCUCAUUCAGCCUGGAUCCUCCCCGAUGGAUGGUUCUGAGUUCUUGGGUCUUACUCCUAUCCUGGUAGAAAGCCACCAGUCUGAUCCAUACCCCUUGACACUCGAAUGCAAUUUACUGGAAGAUCGUGUUGAAAUUAAAGCACAGUUUGACAGUCGCCUCAUUCCCGCAAGUGAAAUGACUAUGAUUCUCAAGCAAUACGCUCGCACUAUUGAGCGUUUCCAUGCAGUCAAGGAUACCGAGACCGACGAAGAAGCGGAGAAAUUAGAUCCAAUGGGAUCUCUCAGCACUGAGGACAUGCAGCAGAUCAUGGAUUGGAAUGCCGACCGUCCAUCAUUUAUUGACUCCUGUGUUCACGAGCAGUUUGAGGAGCAGGUUCGCCUAAACCCUGAUGCGCCUGCUGUCUCGUCAUUUGAUGUCGAGCUCACAUAUCAUGAGCUCAACGUUCUCGUGGAUAAGCUGGCAAACGAGCUUAUUGCGCGUGGCGUCAAACCUGAGAUGAAGAUUCCACUGUGUUUCAUCAAGUGCUCCUGGACUAUCGUGGCAAUGUUUGCCGUCAUGAAGGUUGGCGGAGUUAGCUGUAUGUUCAACCCAGAGCAUCCCAGCAGCCGUAUCCAGUUGCUACUUGACGACCUCGACGCCAAGUUAGUGCUCUGCGACCCUAGUUCAACUGCGAUGCUAUCCAAGCUCUUGCCUCAUAGUGGUGUCCUCCCCGUGGAUGGACCCUACCUUCAAACUUUGCCGCCGCCCGCGCCUCUGAAGCGCCGAGUCCAACCAGAUAACGCAAUCUUCGUGGUUUAUACAUCUGGAAGUACUGGAAAGCCAAAGGGUAGCAUUUUAGAGCACCGCUCAUUUGUUACCGGUCUACGAGCUCACUGUACCGCCAUGGGCAUGGGCCCUGGCACCCGCACGUUCCAGUUCGCCGCGUACACAUUCGAUGUGUGCUUUGAGGAAAUCAUCGGCUCUCUCAUGCUAGGUGCAUGUAUUUGCGUUCCAAAUGAGGAGGAGCGCAUGAAUGCUCUCGCCGAUGCGAUGGCAAAAUACAAAGUCACCUGGACGGAGUUGACUCCCACCGUCGCCAGUCUGCUGCUCCCCAGCAGCAUUCCUACUUUGAAGACGCUCGCGCUCAGUGGUGAAUCACUCACUAAGGAGGUCAUCCAACGCUGGGCCGACUCAGUGCAGAUCAUCAACACCUACGGACCUAGCGAAUGCACUGUUUCGACUACCUGCAAUCUUCGAACUGCAACCCUUCGUGAUCCAAGCAACAUCGGUUGCGGUCUGGGCUGCAGUACUUGGAUUGUUGACCCUGAGAAUAUCGACCGCCUGGUACCCGUGGGUGCCGUAGGUGAAUUACUCGUCGAAGGCCCCAUUGUCGCUCGGGGCUAUUUGAACGAGCCGGAGAAGACUGCUGCUACUUUCAUCGGACAGCCGGCCUGGUGGCCUGAGUCUUACGAAUGUGGCCGUAUCUACCGCACUGGUGAUUUGGUCAGAUACAAUGCGGAUGGCACGAUCAAGUUUAUUGGCCGCAAGGACACGCAGGUCAAGCUACAUGGCCAGCGUAUCGAGCUUGGCGAAAUCGAACACCGUAUUCGGUGUGUGUUUACGGACGAUUCCUACCAGGUGGCUGUUGAAGUUCUGACUCCCACUGCACGAAACGGCCUCAAAAUCCUUACUGCAUUCAUCUGCGAAAGUGACGCUGUUUCAGAGAGCACUGAAGAUCUAUUGCUCGCCUUGGAUGAUGGAAGACCACAACGCUUCCUCGCACUACAAGCCUGUCUUCUGGCUGAGCUGCCGCGCCACAUGGUCCCACAAUUGUUCAUCCCUGUCAAGCAUAUGCCUCUUUCUCCAUCGAGGAAGCUGGAGCGCAAGAGCUUGCGUGCAAUUGGUAAUGGACUGACGCCUGAACAGCUAGCUUCAUAUGCCCUCACCCAAGUGGCUAAAACUGCCCCAACCACUGAGGCGGAGUUAGCACUGGCCGAGAUCUGGGCACAGGUGCUGGGCACUACCCCUGGUGGUGUCGAGGACCACUUCUUCCACCUUGGUGGUGACUCCAUCGCCGCCAUGAAGGCAGUCGCUGCAGCUGCCAAAAUGGAUCUUUCUCUCAGCGUGGGAGAUAUCACACAGUUCCCAACUCUCGGAGCCAUGGCUGCGGCAAUGGAGCGCGGCGCUGUUGAAGAGGUUGACGAGGAAGCACCGGCCAACUUCAGCUUGGUGCCAGAGUCUCACCUGACGAACAUUCUAUCUGAAGCCACAGAACAGUGCACAAUUUCAACCGACUCAAUUGAGGACAUCUAUCCCUGCACUCCCUCUCAAGAGGCCUUGAUGGCGCUAACUGCGCGCGAUGAGAGCGCAUAUGUUUCACGCGCUGUCUAUCGUCUGCCGCUCACUCUUGAAAUCGAUCAAUACAGACAGGCCUGGGAGCUCCUUUCUCGUCGACAGGCCAUCAUGCGCACGCGCAUUAUCUACUCGGCCACUGCUGCCAAAUCGUUCCAGGUGGUUUUGAACGAAGACCUGACUUGGGUUUCGGGCGACUCGGUGACAGAGUAUCUCGCCACUGACAAACUCACACCCAUGCAGCAUGGCCAAGCCCUCAUGCGUUUUGCUAUUAUCCCCGGCACUCGUGAUGACCAACGAUCUUCACUUGUGUACACAGCCCACCACGCUGUGUACGAUGGUUGGAGUGAAGCCUCGAUGUUCGCCGAGGCCGAAGCGAUCUAUCGUGAUGGCUUGGCAGCCUUGCCGGCAGUUGUGCCAUACAACAAAUUCAUUCGCUAUCUAUCCACCAUCGAUGCGGAGGAAAGCGACAAUUUCUGGCUUACGCAGCUAGCUGGAGACUUGCCCGCUCCAUUCCCUCCCGCUCUCCCCGCUGCAGCGGCAUCUUCCCUAACCUCGCGUCCAAACCGCUCGCAGUCUCAUGUUCUUUCCCUUCCCUCCACUUCGUCUUUACCCUUCUCCACUACCACUAUCCUCAAGGCCGCAUGGUCUCUUCUCCUGGAGCGCUACACGAACUCUCCAGAUGUUAUGUUCGGCCAUGUACUAUCUGGCCGCACAGUUCCCCUCCGUGGUGUGGCCGACAUGAUGGGCCCAACAAUCGCAACCCUUCCAGUGCGAGUUCAGCUCGCUAAGCAAGAAAGCAUUGAGUCAUUCAUGAGCCGCAUCCAUGAGCAAGCCCGAAGCAUGGCGCCAUUCGAGCAAGUCGGGCUGCAGCAUAUUCGCCGACUGGUAUCGAACGCAGAGUCGGUCGAUGUUGGUCACCUCUUCUUCAUCCAGCCGCCGCUUGAAGGUUCAGCUGAGAAUCUCGGCCUCGAGCAUGUCACAGACACGGAGUAUGACUUUGACUUCGAGACUUACCCGUUGAUUGUGGAAUGCCAGCUCAGCACAACCUCCGCCCUCACUGUCGAUGUUAAAUAUGACGAUUCCCGGAUCGCUCCAACUCAGAUGAACUGGCUUCUCCAGCACUUUGAGCAUCUUGUUCAGCAACUAUGUCAAAAACCAUUGAUAACGCCUCUUUCGGAUCUGAGCUUGACAACUUCAUCCGACUUGGCUCAGCUUCAGCAGUGGAUGGGACCUCCCGUAGCACCGCUGGCCACUACGAUUCACGAUAAAUUCCGGGCCCAGGCUCGUGCCCGUCCCAGACGAUGCGCUAUUGAGGCCUGGGAUGGUCAGCUUACCUACGGUGAACUCGCCCGUCUUUCGUCGCAGUUCGCUCAAGAACUGGUCGAUCUUAACCUUCGCCUGGGACAGACUGUUGGUCUUUCUUUCGACAAGUCUCGCUGGGCCAUUGUAGCCAUGCUUGCCGUGCUCCAAGCCGGUGGAGUGUGUGUUCACCUUGAUCCCCAACACCCACCAGCUCGACUGCAGGAAAUUUCCAACGAUACAGGCAUCGAGUACAUCUUGACAGCGCCGCAACAUGCCCAUCUAGCCGAAAUCCUGCCAAUAAACCAUGCCCUCGUCAUUGAUGCCAACUCAGCAUCCAAACUCCCCAGCGCCUCCACAAAUGCGCGCCGUCUCCCAGUCGUUGAUGUCUCAUCGCCGGCCUAUAUGACUUUCACCUCAGGCAGUACAGGAAAGCCCAAGUCAGUUGUAAUUGAUCAUCGCGGCAUUCAUACUAGUAUUGUUGCCUUCAGCCCGGUGCUUCAUAUUACUCCCAAUUCACGGGUACUCCAGUUUGCCGCGUACACUUUCGAUAUCAGCUAUGCUGAGAUUUUUGCGCCCCUGAUUUUGGGCGGAACGGUUUGUGUUCUGUCAGAACAAGACCGCCUCGACGACCUUGCUGGCGCCAUCAGCCGACUGCGUGCUAACUGGGCAUGUCUCACGCCUACUGUCGCCAGUCUGGUGCAACCUGAGAAUGUUCCAUCGAUUCAAACCCUCGUUCUCAGCGGCGAGUGUCCUACCGAGGGAAAUCUGCGCACAUGGGCUGGUCAAAUCCCUAAUCUUAUCAACGCGUACGGCCCUAGUGAAUCCUCGGUUUGGUGUUCCGGGGGUCCAUUCACAAGACCCGAUGAUCUCUUCACUAACAUCGGUCGUCCAAUGGGUUGUCGUCUCUGGAUUGCUGAUGUCGAUAACCUCAAUCGCCUAGCGCCUCUUGGAUGCGUGGGCGAGCUGCUGAUUGAGGGUCCUAUUCUUUCCCAAGGAUACCUCAACAAUGAACAGGCUAACAGCAAGGCUUUCUGCCGGGACCUUGCGUGGAUGGCAGAGAUGCAGCCCCGAGCUGAUUUCCCAAUCCUCUACCGUACUGGCGAUCUGGCGCGCUUCUUGCCUGGCGGCUGCAUCGAAUACCUCGGGCGUGCAGACACCCAGAUCAAGGUGUACGGGCGUCGUAUUGAACCAAGGGAAAUUGAACAUCACAUCCACACUCAACUUCCCAGCUACUACAGCAUGGUAGACAGUGUGACGCUCGCAAACCGUAAUGGUCAGAAAGUACUGGUGGCAUACAUUUACCAGUCAUCUGGCCCCACCGGCUAUAUGGAUCUUGCAGGAGUCCCGCAAGCGCUAACGCCAGACCUUCGGCAAACACUCACCACCCUUCAAGCUGCGUUGCGUGCGCAGCUACCGCCCUACAUGCUACCGACCCUCUUCAUCCCCCUUCAGGUCAUGCCUACCAACUCAUCUGGCAAGAGCGAUCGCAAGCUACUCUCCCGCGCUGUAAAUGAUUUGUCGGAUGAUCAGCUGCAAACCUACUCCCUUGUGACUCGUGCUGCCAGCCGCUCGCUCCAAACCCCAUUCGAGCAUCGGUUGGCCGGCCUCUGGGCUGAAGUCCUCAAUGUCGACGCCUCCUCAAUCAGCGCAGAUGAUACCUUCUUCAGUCUCGGUGGAGAUUCCAUCGUGGCCAUGAAGAUGGCUAGUCUCGCUCGCAACAACCAGCUCAGCUUGACUGUGGCUGAUCUUUUCAAUCACCCGGUCCUAGCAGAUCUGGCUGCUCAUCUGACUGCUCAAAUGCCACUUACUCCUGGCUCUGACACUCCUCCACUUACCCCCAAGAAGACAAAUAUGGAACCUGUUCCAGUGGUGCCUGUGCUUGACCUUGCAUUGGCGGAGCUUUUGGCACCACGAGUAGGCGUUGAACCCAGUGCCAUUGCAUCUAUCGAGUCCACAACCGACUUUCAAGAUAUCGCACUGGUCGGUCACAUGAGCAAAUCACGCUGGAUGCUUAACUGGUUCUACUUCGAUGGACCCGGAACUGCCGAUAUCGAGCGUCUUCGUCAGGGAUGCUAUUCUUUGGUCCAACAUUUCGAUAUUCUUCGUACUCUUUUCGUAUUCCACGGCGGUCAGUUCUGGCAGGUGGUCCUGCACCAGAUGCAACCAUCAUUCCGCAUCGAAACGACAACUGAUAUCGAGGCCUUCACCAAAAAUCUUUACGAAGAGGGCGUGGCCGCUGAUUUCCAACUUUCCGAGCCCUACGUCAAAUUCGUUCUAGCUGUUCAUCCUGAUGGCCAGUCCCACCGUCUAUUAAUGCGUCUAUCUCACGCACAGUACGAUGGAGUCUCCUUACCAACACUCUGGGAAACCCUCCAGCGCGCUUGUCAAGGCCAGCCACUCAUCCCUACUCCCUCUUUCGGGCAAUUCCUUCAAGCCACGGCACCUGCCGAUCCUAUGACCACGCGCUCACACUGGCGCAACCUUCUAGCUGGUGCGCCCGAGACUCGCUUCCUUGCACAGUUCAAACCAACCCUUCGCGAUGAAGCUCACGAGCGUGUGCUCCAUGUUACCCGCCACCGUGUUCCCGUUGUCUCACUUUCUCAUCACGGCAUUACACCAGCCACAGUUCUCAAAUCCGCUUGGGCUGUUCUGUUAGCACGUCUGGCUGGCUCAAAUGACGUUGUUUUUGGUAACACAACUGCCAACCGGUCUGCCGCGACCUUGGACAACAUUGACUCCGUCGUUGGCCCCUGCUUGAACGUAGUGCCAGUGCGCGCACGCCUGACUCCAGAACAGACAGUGCUCGAGCUUCUACUCGCACUGCAGAAACAACAAGUGGAUAACCUACCUCACGAGUCUCUUGGCUUCCGUCGAAUUAUCCGCGAGUGCACAGAGUGGCCAUCCUGGGCGCAUUUCAGCAGUGUGGUGCAACAUCAAAACAUCGAACCCGAUCGCGAAGUCCUUCUUGGCGAGGAUAAUGCUACUCCCUACGAACCUGGCUUCCUAGGAGCUGACCUCGACUUGACCGAUGUUUCGGUACUGUCUACUCCAGUGGCCGAUGGAUAUGUUGACCUCGACCUCCUCACCUCCUCAAAGGUCAUGUCAUCGUUCGCAGCAGAGCUGUUGGUUGAUCAGUUGACCUCGAUACUUCGUCUUUGGGCAGUCGUACCACUUGACAAGAUGCCGGCUUCGGAGACAGGAUCAUCGCCAGCCUUGCUUCCUCUGUCAGCAUCCCCGACAGUCCCAAUAAAACCAGUCGAUGUCCGCACACUGGUGAAGCAAGCAUGGGAUGCUGUUCUCCCUGACGGCCUUAAGACAGAUAAUGAUAAGGUUGAUUUCUUCCGGGCUGGUGGAGACUUGGUGCAUAUGGCACAGCUUGUUAGUGAGCUACAAACUCGCGGUGUUGGAAAUGGUGUCCGCCUUGAGACGCUUGUCCAGCAUUCUACUCUGGAUGCCAUGGUGAAGUUGGUCCAAUAA